CUGAUUUAAACAAAAUCGAGGGUAUUUUGAGGAUUUCCCUUAAAGCCUAAAAAUUUCCAUCACUUUCUCUCUUCUCUCAUCUCUGUUGCCGGAAACAGACAACAAACACUUCUUCUUCCUCUGCGCCGUCGCGAGCUACUCUUCUUCUUCCUCUGGCCGUCGUGAUCUACGCUUCUUCUUUCUAUGUGCACCGUUACGAUCUCCUCUGUUCAGUUAACAAAUGAUCAAUUCCACUUCUAAACGAGAACAAUUUUGAUAAAGUGGUUCAAGGCUAAUUGGAGUGAAGCAUGGGAUUCCAGAUCUUAAACUUUUUCAAAUUCUCUAUGAAAGGGCUGAUGAUAUUAUUGUUGAUAUUUCUAAGCCACUCUGUAGCACACUCUACUUCUUCAUCAGAGACUACGAUGCACACUAAUAAUUGGGCUGUUUUAGUCUGCACCUCUCGUUUCUGGUUUAAUUACCGACAUAUGGCCAAUACUUUGUCAUUGUAUAGGACUGUUAAGCGGCUAGGAAUACCUGAUGAGAGGAUCAUACUCAUGUUAGCAGAUGACAUGGCAUGUAAUGCAAGAAACAAGUACCCUGCCCAAGUUUUUAAUAAUGAAAACCAUAGACUUAACUUGUACGGGGAUAAUGUGGAGGUAGAUUAUCGGGGCUAUGAAGUAAAUGUGGAAAACUUUAUGCGGGUACUAACAGGUCGUCAUGAGAAUGCUGUUCCAAGGUCCAAACGACUUCUUAGUGAUGAAGGAAGUCAUAUUCUUUUAUAUAUGACAGGGCAUGGAGGGGAUGAGUUUUUGAAGUUUCAGGACUCAGAAGAGCUUCAAAGUCACGAUUUAGCUGAUGUUGUGAAGCAAAUGAAAGAGAAGCACAGGUUUAAGGAGCUGCUGAUAAUGGUGGAUACCUGCCAAGCCUCUACCCUGUUCUCACAGCUCCAUUCACCAGGUGUUUUGGCAAUUGGAAGCAGCAUGAAAGGACAGAACUCAUAUUCGCAUCACUUGGACCCAGAUGUGGGUGUAUCAGUUGUUGAUCGUUUUACAUUCUACACUCUUGCCUUCUUUGAGAGGCUGAAUAUAUAUGACAAUGCUUCAUUGAGCAGCCUUUUCAAUUCAUAUAAUCCAAAUUUGUUGAUGUCAACGGCAUAUUACAGAAUGGACCUAUAUCAAAGACAUUUAGAGGAGGUACCCGUGACAAACUUUUUUGGCUCUGUAAUGGAAACAAUACACACUGACUCAGCCUACAGGUCUCAGUCGAACAAAAAAUUUGGGGGACCUGAAAUUAAAAUGCCUUUGGAUCAAUCAAUAUCUGACAAUGACAGAAGAAUUUUGAGAAACUCUGUUGAUGAGGAUCAGCCGAAUAAAUUAAGUACAGAGGAAAAUUUCCAUGGUGUUGGACAACUGUGGAAUACUAUAAUCAGCAAAGUGAAUACUUUUGAAAGCGCUGAUACUUUUGUUUGCUAUGGCCUUGGUUCAAUGGUUCCUCUCUUGAUAAUUUCUGUGUGGCUAUCAUCGUAAAUGAUUGCAGCGAUGCACUUUGACACCACGUGUUAGGGUUACUUGCAGUACAGUUUCCCUUGAAAAUGCAAAAUAUUUAGGGCCUCAUUGUAUAUUCGAGCGCAUAUGUCCAAGAGAGCCGCUUGUAGAGCUGUAUUAUGUUAGCCCUUGCUUUUUCCCUCGGUGGUGGAGCACUGCCAUGGUUCCUCAUGUUCUGGGUGCUAUAGAUCGUUGGGUAGUGCUAAAAAUGGGAGAUCAUUGGUCAUGGAUUGUGAUUUUGUUGUUAUAUUUACAGCUUUGGUGGCUUAAACAGUUAGAUGUGUGAAUGCAGCUUAACAUAAAUUUUAUUUGUAAUGUAUGUUAAAAAAUCGUCUUUUGUUGUAGACGUCGUAUUAUGUAUGGCUUAUAGUUGUAAAGAAGUUUCUAACAAGUAUUUAACAUACAUUUUGAGAAGACCUAA